AUGCCUCUCCCUGAUACCGUCGAGUUGCCCGCGGCCUUUGACGCCCAUGUCCACUUGCGUGACGAUGACAUGCUCCAGAUCGUCGCUCCGACUGUUCGCCCCGGAGGUGUCAACCAGGCACUGAUCAUGCCUAACCUGCAAAACAACCUGGUGACGAGCGUCAAGCGGGCUCUGGACUACUCAUCGCGUAUCAAGGCGGCCCUGGGCAAGGACGAGGUCGACCUGCUCAUGACUCUCUACCUUCACCAGGACGUCACGCCCGAUACCAUCAGAGAGGCCAAGAAGGCCGGUGUCGCCGCAGUCAAGAGUUACCCUGCCGGCGUCACCACGAACAGCGCCGAUGGCGUCGUCGACUACGAUGCCUUCCACGAGGUCUUCAAGGCCAUGGAGGAGGUUGACCUGCUUCUCUGCCUCCACGGAGAGUGCCCUUCCCACGCUGGGAGCGACAUCACUACGCUCAACGCCGAGUCUAAGUUCCUCCCCACGCUGAAGGCGCUUCACGCCAAGUACCCCAAGCUCAGAAUCAUCCUCGAGCACUGCACAACCGCUGAGGCUGUUGCAGCCGUCAAGUCAUGUGGCCCCAACGUCGCCGGCACCAUCACUUGCCACCACCUUUUCAUUACCAUCGACGACGUCGUCGGUGAUGCGCUCAACUUCUGCAAGCCCCUCCCCGCCGACCGCAAAGCCCUCCUCAACGCCGUAGUCAACAGCAACGGCAAGUUCUUCCUCGGCACCGACUCCGCCCCGCACCCCAUCACCGCAAAGACGGGCCCCUCCAAGGCCGCCGCCGGCGUCUUCACCCAGCCCUACGCCGUCCAGUACCUCCUCGCCGCCCUCGACGAGGCCGUCGCCCGCGGCGAGCUCGCCGACGCCGACAUCACCCAGGAGGCCCUCGAGGGCUUCGUCAGCGGCUACGGCCGCAAGUUCUACGGCACCGAGGACACCAGGAAGGAGCGGAUCCGCCUCACCCGCGAUGGCGGCGCCGUCGUUCAGCAGACGUUUGAGGGUAAGGGGAUCCAGGUUGUGCCGUUCCGCGCUGGUAAGGAGACUUGGAGUCUUGCCUGGCUGUAA